AAUAAAGUAAUGCGAAUAAAAAAAAAACUAUGUAUUAUAACUACUACUACUAUUUUCAUUAUUUUGGUAUGGAUAUUUACAAAAAGAGAAAAUAAAUCUAAGGAAUGGUUAGUUUUACGUAAAGAAUACAUAAAAGAAUACUUGAAGAACUUACAAAGAAUUCAUAAAAGAAAUUCCAGCUUGUGUGUGUUGCCAUCUCUCAAUGCGUUUAGUCCAGACAUAAUGCAUUACAUGAAAAUGUUUUACAAGAAAUGUUUAGUAAAACAAUACGGUAGAAUUACAAAAAAUGGAUGGUUUGUUGUUUCUUCAUCAAGCAUCUCCACUCUUAGCAUCAGUUAUAUUUAUAGAGACAAUCCCAAAAAUCUUUAUAUAAACGAUGAUUUUGCUGUAAAAUUGUCCGACCCUAUCUAUAUUAAAUGUGACAAUAAUGGUGUCUUUAAACAUAAGUUAAAAGACGAUUUUAUUCGAGUUGAUUUAUACACUAAAGACAAUCAUCACGUUGAAUUUCAUGCUCAUAUCAGUUAUCGUUCACAAGAAGCAUUCAGAAAAACUGCGAAAAAUAGAAAAGAUGUGAAUGGUUUAGGAUUGGAUGUUGUUUUUCUGAUGGUCGAUUCUCAAUCAAAUGCCAAUUUUCAUCGUCAGCUUUUAAAAAGUAUGCCAAAACUCGUAAAAGAUGAAGACACUAUUAUUCUAAAUGGGCACACUAUAGUUGGCGACGGUACAACGGCACAGCUAGCUGCAAUUCUUACAGGUGAACAUGAAAAAAACCUUCCUGAGGCAAGACGAAAUAUAUCUAAUUCUGGUACAUGUGACCAAUUCAAUUUUAUUUUUAAUGAUUUUCACAAAGCUGGCUAUCUAACUAUGUUAAGUGAAGACAAUCCAGAGUGGGGUACUUUUCACUAUCGUCUGAAUGGCUUUAAUAAUUUGCCAACAUCUUGGUAUCUACGUCCAUUUUGGUUAGCUCAAAAUUCAUCCGCUAAAUGUGAUGUUGAAUACAACACCAAACUUCUUAAAACAUUCACAAAAACAUUCGAAGAUCUACCAAAAUUAUCUUUGAUAAUAAACGCCGAUAUUGGGCACAAUGAUUUUAAUGGUUUACAAGCAAUUGAUGAAGAUAUUCUUGAAAUAAUAAACUUUUUCAAAUAUCCUACAAGAAUUAAUCACACUAUUCUUAUUAUUUUUGGGGAUCACGGCGCACGCAUCGGUGAUUUUCGCUCAACAACUCAAGGAAAACUGGAGGAAAGAUUGCCCUUUUUUUCUAUUACUUUACCACCUGACUUUAAAAAUAAGUACCCAAAAAUGCUUAGAGCUUUGAAAAAAAAUUCCAAUGUUUUAACUAACCACUUUGAUGUUUACGCAACACUGCAACAUAUGCUAAGUUAUCCAGAUAUUCCAAGUAAGAAAUUGAUUGGUCAGAGUUUGUUUACUGAAAUUGAUCCAACCGUAAGAACUUGUGAAAACUCUGGCGUUGAUGACCAUUGGUGUCCUUGCUUAAACUAUGAAGUAGUUGCUGUAACAGAUGAAACAGUAAAAAAAAUUGCGCACGAAGUUGUUCGUUAUUUAAAUAGUUUACUAAACGAAAAUGAAAAAGCUCGAAAUUAUUGUAUGAAGUUGACGUUGCAAUCAGUUUUAUCUUCGGGUUUAAAAACCCCUAAAAAAGAAGUCAGUCACUUUAUAAAAACAAAACAAAAUGAUAAGUGUGAUUCUUGUGGUGUUGUUUACGACACUACUGUUAUCGCCAAGAAAUAUUAUGAAGUUGUUAUAACAGUUUAUCCUAGUAAUGGAGCUUUUGAAGCUAAUGCUGAUGUUUUACCUGAUAACUCAAUUGUAGUAGAUCCUAAUAUUAGCAGAAUAAAUCUGUACGGUAACCAACCUCAUUGUAUUAUAAAUGAAUGUCCGCAUUUACGACCUUAUUGUUAUUGUUCAUCACAAAGUUGAAUGUUAGAAAAUCACAAUCUAACAUUAGUCACAUUAAUUUUUUUUAAGUAUUAUGACACUACAGAACUUAAACAGUAUAAAAAAGGGUAAAGUAAUAGUAAGAACAAAAUACUUAUUGUAUACUAUAAUAUUUGAAAAGAAGAAUAUAUGAAAUAUAAAA